ACAGUUGCAAUCUUGUAAAUGCUACAGAAAUCUCACAAGCAAAGACAGCAAUCAUCCAGUGUGUUCAAACUGAGACUUACAAAGAAGAGAUUGAAAGCCUUAAAAGAGGAAAAGACAUCCCCCCACGCAGUCCUCUUGGAAAGCUCGACCCCUUUAUUGAUGGUGGGUUGUUAAAGGUUGGAGGACGCUUACAGGCAGCAGAUCUUGCAGACGUGGAGAAACACCCCUUGAUAAUUCCAGGUGAUCAUCAUGUAGCUGUUCUCUUAGUUAGACAUUACCACAGCCAAGUAGCUCACCAAGGCAGGCAGUUCACUGAAGGUGCUCUGCGCUCAGCAGGACUAUGGAUUGUUGGUGGCAAGAGACUAAUUUCCAGCACACUCCACAAAUGUGUCACAUGUAGGAGACUUAGAGGUCGCCUAGAAGGGCAGAAAAUGGCUAGCUUGCCCUCCGACAGGCUUGCAGUUGACCCGCCCUUUACUCAUGUAGGCCUGGAUGUUUUUGGGCCCUGGAAUGUCAAGUCCCAUCGCACAAGGGCAAAUAACAUUGAUUGUAAAAGGUGGGCUGUAAUGUUUACCUGUCUGAGCACCAGGGCCGUCCAUAUAGAGGUCAUAGAGGCAAUGUCAACUUCGAGUUUUAUAAAUGCCUUACGCCGUUUCCUGUCGAUCAGAGGACCUGUCAAACACUUACGGUCAGACCAAGGAACAAACUUCAUUGGAGCCUGUAAAGAGUUGCAAAUCGACACUCAAGGCCCGGAGAUCAAAGCCUAUCUAAGGGACCAAAGCUGCACCUGGACAUUCAACGCCCCACAUUCAUCUCACAUGGGAGGAGUGUGGGAGAGGAUGAUUGGGCUCGUUCGACGCAUCCUUGAUGGCUUGUUGCUGCAAACCUCAACCACCCGCCUCACACAUGAGGUUUUGGUCACCCUUAUGGCAGAGGUCAUGGCCAUAAUGAACGCCAGGCCUUUAGUUCCUGUUUCAAACGAUCCGGAAGCGCCUGAGGUUCUUUCUCCUGCAAUGCUUUUAACGCAGAAGGCUGGUGCUGUCCCAACACCUCCUGGAGACUUUGAACUCAAGGACCUUUACAAAGCCCAGUGGCGGCAAGUGCAAGGUCUAGCGGAUCACUUUUGGAAAAGAUGGCGGCAAGAGUAUCUUGCUACACUGCAAACAAGGCAAAAGUGGAAGGGAGAGAAGCGAAACGUCAAACAGGGUGAUAUUAUUCUAUUGAAAGACAGUCAAGUAAAACGCAAUGAGUGGCCAAUUGGGAUUGUAGUGAAGGCCAUUCCCAGUGAGGACAACAGAGUGAGAAAAGUUGAGGUUAAAAUCGUAAAACAAGGUACCAUUAAAACAUAUCUUAGGCCUGUUACUGAUGUAAUAGUACUUUUGUCUGAAGCUGAAACUAAUGUUUAAAAAAAAAAAAAAAAGAGUGGUAUAUUUAU